AUGCCACCCUUAACCCCUCUAAUCCUCCCAAAAUCUCACCCCGACCCCGUUGAAUUCCAAACCCUCCUCAACCGCUACAAAUCCUUCCGCCUCUCAUCACUCCUACUCUCCCCAUCCUGCUUCGGCUCAACCCACGCCCGCGAAGUAGCCUACCCCCCAGAAAAAUGGACAUCCCGUCUCACAGACCCGCUCGCGACAACAAUAGUCAUCUACGAGGACGCCUCUCCGGCCGGCACAUCCACAAGCAUUGACUCGGCCGCGUCCACCACUUCAUCACCAUCUCCCACCGAUGAAAAUUCACUCCUAGACAACGCUCUCACCGCAGAAUGGCUAGCAAUACUAACGAUAAGCGGCCCCCUCGACCCGCAAACCCUCACAACCUCCCUCCACCUAGAUCCCUCCCUCGUAGACUUUGGCCCAACCCAGCAAACAUCACCAGACAUUCCCCUAAAGCAAUACGUCAUAAACGGCAUGUUCGUAAUACCUUCCGCCCGAGGAAAGAAACUAGGCACCAAACUGCUCGAAUACGCCAAAGCCUACGUCACAGCAAAAGUCAGAACUCAGGGACAGGGGAAGGGAGAGGCGCGGAUCUCACUCAUUGUCGACUACGAUAACGAAUCCGCUCGCAAGACGUACGAGAGAUCUGAAUUUGAGGUAGUGCAUCGGUAUUGGUUUGAUGAUUACCGUGAGGGACGGGAGUCAAGGACCGAGGCGGCCGUUAUGGUGCUUGAUCUUUGA